AUGGAGGACGAUCUGCAGGAGUUUUUAAGGUCACGAGAUGUUCCAGAAGAGGACAUCAUCCUCAUGAAAAGGGACAAGAGACAAGUAAGGACAGAAGCCCAGAGUACAAGAGGAAUUGAAGAUGUUCCUCAGAGUGGUUUUACCUUCGAGACACCCAGCACAUCACACAACUCUCUUUCACCACCCAGAGAUAUCCAAAGAACACACACCAUCCAAAGAGUCGCAAGCAGCUCAAGUGACGAGGAGACUGAUGAAUCGUGGAGACAAUGUGCACAGCUAUCGAAAAGUCCACAGCAUUCACAUGAGCACUUUGAUUUUCAGAGAAGCUAUGAAUUCAUUGACUUGACCAAUCAGAUUCCUCCGCUACACAACAGCAUAGUUCAGAAUCUUGGAGAUGAUGAUGAUGAUAUAAAGAAGACAGUUGAAUGGAACGAAGGAGAAGAACUUGAACAAACAGAUGAGGACCAAGAAGUUAAAAUAACAUGGAAUGAGAACACCAUACAGAAUGCAGAGUUGAAUGAAGCUGAAAAUUAGGUGCCAUCACCACCCUCAAGUAAUAGCAAUCCUGCACUGCUGAUAUGUAGUGAAAUGCCUUCAUCACCAGAAAAUUUGCCAUCCCAUUCAGGAAACCAUCUUUCUCUUAUAACUUCAUCUGGAAACUCAGAAAAUGCAACAUUUGUGCAUGCUUUAAUACACAGGGUAAAGGUUGUAGAAGAUCUUUUGGCUGUGUUCAUGGAUAGCAGCAUAAUUCAAUCUACUCUGAAGAUGGAAUUUGUAAAUGAGAAAGCUGUAGAUGAUGCUGGAGUGUCCAGACAAAUUUACACUGCAUUCUGGGAUCAGUUCCUUGAACAGUGCAAAGGGGGAGAUUACUUGACCUUGGUGUGCUGCCAGUAA